AUGCGCACACACACAGACACACGGGUCCGUCAUCGUCUCCCCCAAUUUCUCACUCCGCUUGUUUCGCUUCGAAUUCAAAAACCCUAAUUCUAAAAUUCCCAAUUCCCUAAGGUUUUAGUGUUGCAAAGAUGUCGUCGUCCCGGGAAGAGAAUGUGUACCUAGCCAAGUUAGCCGAGCAAGCUGAGCGUUACGAGGAGAUGGUUGAGUUCAUGGAGAAAGUUGCAAAGACUGUUGACACUGAGGAGCUUACUGUCGAAGAGAGGAAUCUCUUGUCUGUUGCCUACAAGAACGUUAUUGGUGCUAGGAGGGCUUCCUGGAGGAUUAUUUCCUCCAUUGAGCAGAAGGAAGAUAGCAGGGGUAACAGUGAUCACGUUUCCAUUAUCAAGGAUUACAGAGGCAAGAUUGAAACUGAGCUCACCAGGAUUUGCGAUGGCAUUUUGAACAUUCUUGAGGCUCAUCUCAUUCCUGCUGCUUCCUUGGCUGAGUCCAAAGUUUUUUACCUCAAGAUGAAGGGUGAUUAUCACCGGUACCUUGCUGAAUUCAAGACUGGUUCUGAGAGGAAAGAAGCUGCUGAGAGCACUCUUGUCGCCUACAAGUCUGCCCAGGAUAUUGCUCUCGCUGAUCUGGCUCCCACUCACCCUAUCAGACUGGGGCUUGCUCUCAACUUCUCUGUUUUCUACUAUGAGAUUCUCAACUCAUCUGACCGUGCUUGUAAUCUUGCAAAGCAGGCUUUUGAUGAGGCAAUCUCUGAACUAGACACAUUGGGAGAGGAAUCAUACAAGGACAGUACAUUGAUCAUGCAGCUUCUCCGUGACAAUCUCACCCUCUGGACUUCUGACCUCAAUGACGAAGCUGGUGAUGAUAUCAAGGAAGCCCCGAAAGAGGUGCAGAAAGGGGAGGAACAAGCCGCCCAACCACCGCCUUCGCAGUAAUGAAUUCAUGGAAUGAUUUGAAAAAAAAAAAAAAAUGUAUGGCUUGGUUCUGUGUGUUUUAAACAGAAAAAAAAAACCUCGUAGUUUGCUUAAUGAUGCGUUUGUAGUAGUAAUAGUAGAUGCAGGAUUGAUUCUAUCCAUGGAUUAAAAACUCUUUAUGUGCAUCUCACAUAUUUUUCUUGUUGUUGCCGGUUUCACUA